AUGUCAGACAGCCCCUUCGGCCUCACGCCCGACGAAGUCCUGUACUCGCAGACGCCCAUUGACCUGAGCAAGCCGUACGACGAGAGCACCGUCAAGGGCAGCACCAUCGUGAUUACCGGCGGCGCCAGGGGCAUUGGCGAGGGUAUGCUGCGUCGGUUCGCACCGCUCGGCGCGACGGUGGUGAUAGGGGAUGUAAACACGGCGCGCGGCGAGGCGCUGAUCAAGGAGCUGCGGGAGUCGACGGGGAAUGAAAACCUGCACUUCCUCCAUGUCGACGUCGUCUCCUACCCCUCGCAAUGCGCCUUCUUCCGCUCCGCCCUCGCCCUCUCCCCCUCCGGCCACCUCAACACCAUCAUCGCCAACGCCGGCGUCGGCGAAGUCGGCCACUUCGAAUCCCCCACUGGCGCACCCGACACCGACCCGCCAGAGCCACCAAUGACCACCAUCGACGUCAACGUCAAGGGCGCAAUCUUCACCGCCCGCCUCGCCCUCCACCACCUCAAGAGCACACCGCCGGGCCAGGACCGCCACCUCCUCUUCCUCGGCAGCCUCGCCUCGUUCGCCGCAGGCCCUGCAAUGGCCGUCUACUCGGCGAGCAAGCAUGCAGUGCUCGGCUUCUUCCGCUCGCUGCGCCUGUAUCCGUCGGCGCGGGAUGGGGUAAGGAUGAAUAUUGUGUGUCCGUAUUUUGUGGAUACGCCGAUUUUGCCGCUGGGCGGGAGGACGAUCCUGGCGGGGUUGGAGAGGGCGCUGGUGGAGGAUGUGGUCGAGGCGGCGGCGAGGUUUGUGUGUGAGCGCGGGGUGAUGGGGAGGAGUCUGUGUGUGGCGCCGAGGGGCAGUGGGGGCGUGAUGGAGAUGGGCGUGGGCGAGAUGGAGGAGGUGGAGGUUUUCUCGAGGAGGAUUGUGAGGGCGCUGAAUAGGGAGGCGGCGGUGAGGGCGUGGGUGCAUAUGUGGUGGGAUUUGUGGGUGCUGUUUGUGGUGGGGCCGAUUGUGGGGCUGUUUAGGAAGUAUUAA